GAGUUACAGGCAUCUGUUCCGCCCACUGCAUCAGCACGUCUGAGGGCAAGCAGGUAUCAGGACAGGGACAGGCGAACCUUUGGAGCUUUUAUUGCUGGUAUUUAUUGGGUAGCCAUAGGCACGCUUCUGCUUAUUUGAGCUUUGGACUCAUCUAGCAAGAGUAGUUAGGAAAAUGCAACGCUGUACAAGAGCUGCAGAGUGCAGGCAGGUCGGAGGUAAUUAACACAGUGACUUGACAGCACUGAUAUAAGUUAUCUUUAUAAACCAUAAAAGCAGGGCCUUUCCUGCACUCACACGAACACAGAGGCUGGGGCAGGCGAGCUCGUUUAUAAUGAGACAAUAGUGCUUGGGAACAGGCGGCUGCUGAGAAACCGUGACAGCAAACCAGCGGAAAUCCGAUCGUCCCGCUUUCAGACGGAGCACGAACACCAGAGGCGGCCGACGGACAGCGGUGACCCGGGGGGGGCUGCGGGACCGCCGAGAAGCACACAGUCCCGGAGAGUAGAUGGGAACUGCUCGAAACAACAGCCACCUCAAAAACCCUCAUGCAGUGGAAUUUGACCUGUGUAACAAGGACAUGAUGGCAGACACACUUGAUCACAGUGUCAUUUCUGUUGGAGAAGAGGAAGGAGCAGACAGUUUCCAACGAUCUCUUCCAACACGAGAUUCCCUCCGAUCCCCUCGGGGCUCCGUUGUGAGUUUCCAUAACAUCCAGUACUCCGUUAAGCAGUCCAGUGGAUUCCUAUGUAAACGGAAGACUGUGGAAAAGAAGAUCCUUCAUAAUGUUUAUGGCAUUAUGAAGCCAGGCUUGAAUGCUAUCCUGGGGCCAACAGGGAGUGGCAAAUCUUCUCUGCUAGAUGUGCUGGCUGCCAGAAAGGACCCAGCAGGGCUGUCAGGAGACGUGCUCAUAGAUGGCAUCCCACAACCUCCAAACUUCAAAUGCAUCUCAGGAUAUGUUGUACAGGAUGAUGUUGUCAUGGGCACAAUGACCGUGAGGGAGAACCUGCACUUCUCUGCUGCCCUGCGGCUCCCAAGCUCCAUCAGCUUUCAAGAGAAGGAAGAACGAGUCACACAGAUAAUCGGCGAGCUGGGAUUAAGCAAAGUGGCUGAUGCUAAGGUAGGAACUGAACUGAUCCGUGGAGUGUCUGGAGGGGAACGGAAGAGAACCAACAUUGGGAUGGAGCUCAUCACAGAGCCACCAGUGCUUUUUCUAGAUGAGCCAACAACAGGCCUUGAUGCCAGUACAGCCAAUGCUGUCCUCAUCCUCUUGAAGAAGCUCUCUAGAAGAGGCCGAACCAUCAUAUUUUCCAUCCAUCAGCCCCGCUAUUCCAUAUUCAAGCUGUUUGACAGUCUGACAUUACUAGCUUUGGGAAAAGUGCUGUACCAUGGUCCUGCAAAACAGGCCCUGGAGUAUUUUAGUUCUAUUGGAUAUGAAUGUGAACCAUUUAACAACCCAGCUGACUUCUUCCUUGAUAUCAUAAAUGGUGAUUCAACUGCUGUGGCAGCAAGCAAGGAAGAUCACAAACCUGCAGACACAGGAAGAGAAGUGAGCAAUGAAAAUGGAGGAGUAGAAGAGAAUGUGUCUGUCAGUGUGGUAGAUACACUACACCAGAAGUAUCUCAACUCCAGCCUGUAUCAGAGCACAAAGGAAGCACUGGGGAAAGUGGAGCUUGGACAGGGAAAGAAGAAAGUAUCCAAGAAGGGGCAUGAGAUUACCUAUGCAAAUGGAUUCUUCACACAGCUGUAUUGGGUGUCCAAGCGUUCCCUGAAAAACCUCAUUAGGAACCCACAAGCCUCGAUUGCACAGAUUGCAGUGACCGUAGUUCUAGCGUUGGUUGUGGGGGCCAUUUUCUUCGGUGUCAAACUGGAUGAAAGUGGCAUUCAGAAUCGGGUUGGAUCCUUGUUCUUUGUCACCACAAACCAGUGUUUUUCCAGUGUCUCUGCAAUUGAGCUGUUCAUCAGAGAUAAAAAACUAUUUGUCCAUCAGUACACCAGUGGAUAUUAUCGUGUGUCUGCCUACUUCCUGGCCUUGAUGUUAGGAGAUCUACUGCCCAUGAGAACCGCUCCAGCCAUCAUAUUCUCAUGCAUCACUUACUGGAUGAUUGGAUACCAAGCUGUAGCAGGCAGAUUUUUCUUCUUCAUGCUUGCCCUGUUAAUGGUGUCCUACACUGCUACAGCCAUGUCUCUGGCUAUCAGUGCUGGGAUGGAAGUGGUGGCUGUGGCCAAUCUACUCAUCACUAUCUGUUUUGUCCUGAUGCUUAUCUUUUCAGGCCUCCUUGUAAACCUCCCUUCUGUAAUGGGCUGGUUGAAUUGGCUCAAGUACUUCAGCAUCCCUCGAUAUGGUCUUACUGCUCUUCAAGUGAAUGAGUUUAGAGAUCUCUACUUCUGUGGUGACAAACCUAAUGUUACAGUGUCUGUGGGAAAUGCAAGCACUUGUCCACCAGUUACUUCAGGAGUAAGGUGCUCUGGUGAAGAUUACCUGAUCAGCCAAGGAAUUGCACCUACUAACAUGGCAAUGUGGGAAAACGUAGUGGCUCUUCUAUGCAUGACUGUUAUCUUCCUUCUCAUCGCGUAUCUCAAACUCCGGUUUAUGAGAAAGUUCACAUAAAUUCCCACAUUGCCUUGCUUUACAGCUUCUCAGGUCUUGAAACUACAAAGCUUAUUGAAGCCUACUGGAUGUUGCCAAAGAUUUCAACUGACUUUACUGGACUUAAGAUGGGAAUCCUGCCCCAUUGUUUCUGGAGCAUGAUCUCCAUAUGAUUGUAUGAUUUUGUUUGUUAAGAAGAAAUGUAUUACUGUAAGAUUCUGUAAGUGAUUUUUUUUUCCUGGUAAGAGCAUAUAUUUCUCAAUUCCUUAGGUACUUAUUAUAUAUUGUAGAGCUGCUGUGGCUGAUUCCUAAAGGAAAUAGGCACAAGGAAACAUUUUCCUUUGAAAGUGCAAGUUUCUCCAUUACAAAUGGUAUAAGGUAAUAAGGCAUUCAUGCUUUGAUAUGUUGCCCCUUGUGAGUGCCCGUCACGCCUGAGGAGAGCCAGAGACCAAUCACAGUGUGUUGGAGAUGCAUUCAAGUUUGAAGUCUGUAAGGAGAAUGAGGUCUUAGUGCCAGGCAAGAGCGGUUAUGCUUCUCAUAGUUACUCCAUGGAAUGUAUGUCAGUGGAGUAUGAGGAAGAAAUGUUUUACUUAGAUGGUGGUGAGGCACUGCACAGGCUGCCCAGGGAAUCUGUGGUUACCCUAUCCCUGGAGGCAUUUAAGGCCAGGUUGGAUGGAGUUCUGGGCAGCUUGAUCUGGGAGGUGGCAGCCCUGCCCACAGCAGGGUUGGAACGUUGAUGAGAUCUAAACAGCAGUGGUAUAAGCCAUAGCACCUAAGAAUGAGAAGUAUAAUACUCUUGUAAUGUAAAAAAUAACCUUUUACUUCUUA